AUGGACGACGACUGGCGUACCGCCGCCGCCGCCUGGUCGUCUCGCGUACCGACGAGUGUAACCGCGACCGUCGCCGCCGCCGCCGCGUUUCUACCGGAACCGCCGCGAACAGUGCGUCGCAGUGCCACCGUCGCCGCGUUCGCAAUUUUCGUCGCAUUAUCGCCGUCGUCGUUGUCGUUAUUCUAAUAUUUACAGUUUCGUCGAUCGGCCACGAAACAUUACGCACGCAGUUUACGCGCGUGUGCCGCUGCCGGCGUCUCCGAGUUUCGCGGCCCGCGUGCCGCCGACGUGUUUGCACGUCGUUCCGUAUAUCGCUAUCGCCAUCAUGUUUUUCACAGGCGGCGUGUGUUGCUGUUGUCGUCCCGCGGCCGCUGUCGCCGCAGCUCACGUCUUUGUGCUGCUGGUCGCCUCGGUCGUGUCUCCGUUACCCGGCGUCCGGGCCCAGGCCGAGGAUAUACCGCAUAACGAGUGAGUGUCUUACCGAAAACGAUUUACCAUAAACUCUCGUUGUUCCGAUUCCUCGCUAUGUAUGUAAACACAAGCCCGUAUACAACUGUAGAAGACAGCCGUGUGUGUAUAGAUUAUAAAUCCGACCUCGAUCGUACGAUAUUAUUACGUAAACCGUAAAUAGAUUUGACAGAGCUCGAGCUCGAUGCGAUCUUCCCGAAGUCUAUUAUCACAUGUCUAGUUCCGGUGGCACAAUCAGAAGAGCCACCCCCGGGUUUGGAUUAUUUCCAAUGACUUAUAUAAUAAAACAGUAAUGUUCGAUUUUCUUAUCACAAAGUCGUUAAUCUCCUCUCCGCGUCAAAUAGAUGUAUGCCAUAAAAAUAAAAUCGUUCAAUUAAUCUGGAAUUGAUGUGGAGAAUUUUUCCAAGAGAAACAAUUACCUAACGAUUUUGUGAUAUUAUAAGUAUUUGUAAAAAUUCUCCCUAGAAAAAUUUCUGAUCGUAUCACUGUCCCGUGGAAUUUACUGCUGCCGAGCAUAAUAUACCUUUGUAGAAACAAUUUUUUUCUCGUAUACGGAAUUUAUUAAUACCACAAGGGGUUUUAGUUACGUUUUUAUUCUCGUCCUGCACAUCUCCAUUUUCAGAUUAUCAAUUCCUCGUUAAUAUUCCACACGUUUCAAUAUCCUUUCGCAAUAACUUCUUUAUUUGGUCUGUUGUCAGCUUUUUCCGGACUUCCGUCCCUACUCAUCUCGCUGUAGUCUUCUAGAUAUCUAUUGCAUCGUUUUUCCUUAUCUCAACGCAUCUAUAUGAUAUCCAUACGAUCUCGAUUUAUUUCCUUUUGUUUUUCUUCCUAUACAACCCCAGACUAACCACUUGUAUAUUAAUUCCUAAUCCAUGACAUUCUAACACGAUAUGGUGCCUAUAUGAAUAUGACCAUCUGUAUAAGUAUUCUGCGGUAUUGUUAAAUAUUAUUGUUGAUAUGUCGCUUUUGCCGAUUGAAAACCGUACGGUCAGCGGCUAUAUGUAUAACAUAAAUCGGCGCCACCACGGUAUUAACAUGCGUUUCAAAACUUUACAAACACUCCGAGUGCGCACAUGCGAUUAUCCCCAGUAGAUGUUUGUUUUUUUCUAUUAAUACGUUUGUACGCGAUCAUUAUUCACGCAACUAUAACUGUGGUACGCAAAGCGGUUCGUGUCGAAAUUGAUCCUCCGAGAGUUUCUAUUCAAUUCCGUUAUUGUGUUAUUUAUAAGUUAUAACCUUUUUGGUUGGCCGACGAACGCGCGUUUCGAUUAUUUAUGUAUUGUACGGAUGGCAUGUCGAAUGUAAUAUAUUUAAUCCGUGCGCGAUGUUAUACCAUAUAAUAAUAAUAAUAAUAAUAAUAGCGUGCAUUAUGUGCUAUGUUUAUUUCGCUAUUACUUUAUGCCGCGUAAAACUGCAAACCACCGUUAUUGUCGCGAACAUCAAUAAUAAUGCAUAAUAUUCGGAAACGAGUAAUAAGGGAUUGAGCGAACUAUAUUCAAGUGCAGUGUUAAAAUAGCGUGCUUUGUAUACAUAAAUAAUAUGCACACCUAUACGCACAAAAAGCGCGAAUACUAAACAAAUUUAAUCAUCGUUGAAUAGAUUAUAAUAUCUUAUCGAAUGUCACGGAGUAUUGAUGUCAUACAAGUAGUUUUAAAUGUAUGUAAUACGGUUUGCUUUAUUUUUCCAAUGGGAAUAAAUAAAUAGGAAUUGUGUUCUCGACGAUUAAAUAACACGAAAUAACACGGGUUAAAAAUGUAUAUUGAUUUUUCCUAUAUUAUCAUGAUUAAUAAAACCGAAUACCUACCACGAAAUACACACUGAAAAAAUAAACGGACACAAUUCGCAUAAUGGGUGGGCCACUGUUGCAGGUGAAAAGUUGAGAGGGUAGAGGGGAAAUUAAAUGUAUGCCUGUACGCGGAGUUCGGUUGUACAUAUUUUGAAAAGCCGUGAUAUUUACGAUUUGAAAAUAACAAAUUUCGUAAAUUUCCCCGUUUUUCCUACGUUUUUUCACGGUUUUUCCCAUUUAUUAGGAAAACUCCCGGAAAAAUUAAAAAAUGACUUGUUGAAAGUACCACUCCAGUCAGAUUUCCUUUCAGAAAAAGUGCUACGCUUGAAAAUUAGAGCAACAUUUCUGGAAAAAAAGUUGUUCAUAGAAAAAUAAAAAAAUAAAUAAUAUAAAUAUCAUUGUAAAACCAACAAAUUCAUCGCUCCGUUUAGAAUCUAAAAUUAAUUUCUAGGAAACUGUAUAUAAUUUUGAUUAUAAUUAAAACUUUUAUGACUUGACGAAUUACUCUUUUUUCUCUUCAAUAAAUAUGCAACGAUAAUAUAUACCUGCAAAUAAUGCACGUAUUACAUACAUUAACUAUAAUAACACAUGUAGAACCGAGGGUUAAGUUAAAUGUCAUAUCAGUAAAUUGUUCGGUUUGAUAUCUAUACUGUACAAAGCGUCCAAGUAAAUAAAAAAAUAGUGUGUAUAGGUACCAUCUAAAAGAUAAAGCCAUAUUUUCACUAGAUUAAAAAGUGGACUUUUUGUAUCAGACUCGUCAACGAUUUAUAUAAUAGAAAAAAAAACAACUUUAUUUUCUUCCUUUUGUCUAACGGUAACCUUUCCUCGCCCUUUUCACGGGUCUGCAAAAAAAAAAACAUCGAUUAAAUUGAAUUGAACCAGAGCUUCCAUGCGGCGGCGGGGAGAAAUCCAGCAAUACUAUAUUAUAUUACCCAUCUCUCAUUUAUAUUUGUUUCAUUUUGUCCAUUAUAUUUUAAGGAAUAAAACUGUUGGAAAGUUCGCCUAAAAUAGCACAUGUACUCGUAUACUAUACGUUUCGUAUACGUGUACUGUUUUUUAUACGAAAUGUCUGAAUUUUAUGUUUAGGUUUUUUUAUCGUAUUUUCCUACAAUCUCUUCAAGUCACGUCAUACAUAUACUUACUUAUAUAUGUAUAUUUUUUUUUUGUGUGUUUAUGUAUCAUAUAUUAUUAUAUUAUACACACAUGGUUUGUUUCACAAAAUGUAAUAUUCGUAUGUACGUACGUGUGUGUACUGUGUAGAGAUAUAAUAUACAUACGUAGGUAAUAUACCUUGAUUAUUAGACGAUAAUACAUUUUUAUCUUGGAGAUAUUUCGUGCGGGUGUUUUGUAAUCAUUAAUAGUACGACGACAACGACAGUAUAAAGUAAUGAUAAGUCGUUAAUUUUCACUUGUAUCUUGAAUACAGAUUUGCUGUUUAACGAUAGAUUGUAUGUAGGGGUAUAAUAUUAUAAUUGGUAGGAAUAUAGGUCGUCUUUCAUCGUUCGUUCAUAUUAUGUUAAAGAGAUAAUAGCUGACUUAUCGCUGUACGAGUAUAUUAAAAACUGUAUGGGUUAAACUUUAAAUUUUAAUUAGUGGAUGUAUAACCAGGUUGCCGUCGUCGUGUAGACUGUACGGGAAGUGAUGUUAAGCGAAGUUUAUCUAGAAAUGAACAAUACAAUAUGGUUAUCGAUCAAAUUAUUCUCUUGUGGUCUUCAAUUUUCAGCUUUUCAUCAUGUUUCUUCUUCAAAACUUAAAUCUCUUAACACUCGAUAAAUUUUUAUUUACAUGUUCUUAAGAAUUUACCGCAAUAUUCAUCCUUGAUCUUCCUAUUUUAAUUUUAACUUAAUCUUCUAACGUAAUCUUCAAUAAUCGAAUUUAACAAACUGGCAUGGCAGUUAUAUAAUAUAUGAUUAUUAUAUAUAAUAUAUAAUUGUUAUAUGAUAGUAUUAACACUUUUAUUAUUUAUGAUUUGUUAAAGUUUUCUUUUUUUCGUUAAUUCUUCCUAAAACACUUUUAUUUGUUAUUCUAUCAUAUCACGAAAUCUUGAGCAUCUUACGGUAACACACUGACAUUGCAUUUUAAAUGCUUCUAGCUUUCUCUUCUUAAUUGUAUUCACUGUCAAGGUUUUAUAAUAUCUUAACAAUAUAGGAUAUGGGUAUGGGUUUGUAUAUCUUUAAAGAAGUUGUUUCUAGUAUCGAGUCUAAUCGUGACGGUCGUAAUAAGUGAUUUUUAUUUUGAAAAGUUUUUUUUCUCCCGUAAAAUCGUGUAUUAUUAUUAAAGAUGGGCAUUAACUAGUUAAAAAAUAAAAUUUUUAAAAUGUUCAAAAAAGCCAUUUUAUAAAAGAUAUUAUUCUAAACAAUUUAAUAUACUAUACCUAUAUCUGAUCAAUAGUUUAUUAGUAAUAACCGUUUUCAUUUCUAAGAAAAUAAUGAAUAAAUUAUUUGUAAUAGGUACGGAAUAAAAUUAUAACUAGUUUAUUCAAUUUAUUGUAAAACUAGUUAUCAAUUGACAGAUUUUGGAUUUUCUAUCACGUAAUCUGAUAGUAUUUUAUGUGUUAUCCCUUGUUAUUUUUUUUGUGUUAAUUUUAAAUUAUGCUUUUCACCUAAAUAAACUUAAAAUUGCAUGUAUUAAAAAUACUUUAAUUCAAAAACAGCAUAUUAUAUACCCAGGAAUAGGUAGUAUAGGUGUAAUAUGCAAUAUAGGUAGGGAUAAUUGUAUCAUAAACAUUUAUGCCAUACUGUAUUUGAGUGACUCAAUUAUUUUUCAAAUGAGCCAUUCAAUAUUUCCGAACGACUCAAAUUGAGUCAUUCAAAAAUUAAAAGUAAUGUAUACUGUUCAUUACUCGUUUUUGGCUAAACUUGAAUUUCAGAACAGAUGCGAUAUAAUGUGGUUUGGAAUCGUAUAUAGUUACGUUUAUCAAGGAAAUUGAAUCGCAUCGCAAAUGAAAGAUAACUAGGUUUCAUAACUCACCUUAAAUACAGUUAUAAAAUGUGUUGUAUGUAAUCAUCUAUAUGGUAUUGUUUUUGUUUAUACAUAGUGUAAGCAAAGCACGUCUAUGUACAUUAUUACACACGAACAGUUUCAUAAAAUUAUCAUCAUUACCUAUUUCUUCUGAGGCUGAAUAAAUGUCUUCCUGUAUUCAAAUUAAAUUUUUCGUUUGGCAUAUCGCAGAAUUUUCUUUAGACAAAAUACGAUACUACCCAAACAUUUUAAAUAAUACACUUCGACAAAUUAUAUUACUUGUAUAAUACGAAUGUUGAAUAUUUUUUUUCUUUUGCUGAAUAUGAAUAAAUAUAAUAACGAUUGUGUCAAAAAAUAGUUAAAUGAAGUCCAGUUCUACCUAUUAGAAUCUUUCUAAAAAAUAGUUUUAAAACAAAAUAUCCUUAGUUCUAUAUAUGUAUAAAGUUGUUUUAAACAUAUAUUUAUGAUUUUUUUUAUAUGACAUUUUUGUAUUUAUUCGUUUCAUUUAUUAUAGACCUUGCGGCGAUUUUUAAAUACAGAAUCAUAUACUAGUAGUAUACCCGCGAUAAUAUAGUUUGAAACGGGUUAAUGAAAACACUACAUAAGUAGGUGUAGUACAAUUAAUAAUAUGUUUGAGGAUUAAUCUAAAAUCGAGUAAAUUGAAUGUAACUGCUGAACUUAGAACAAAAAAUUAAGUAUGACACUUAAAAGGUUAAACUCUGGAAGAAAAUUGUUUUAUUGUUCUUGUGUAAUUAAAUGAAUAAUUAAUUAAUAUUAUUGUGGUUUAGCGCAUAUAAACAAAGCGUGUAACACACGGUUUUGUUGUUAAUCACAUUUUUUUCAUUACUGGAUUCCUUUAAAAUAUUUGGUCACCAAAAUGUUUGAAAUAAUUAGCUUCAUUUAUUUUAAAUACUAUAAUUUUGAAAUUAAAACUUAGCGUUCUUUUUUUUUUUGUACAUGUGUUUAAACUUAAAAUAAAUUUGUUUGCCUUUAAACAAUGAUAAUGUAUAAUUAUACAUAUAAUUAUACUUAUAAUUAUACAUUAUCAUUAUAUAUACUUUUUUUUUCAUAAUAAUUUAUUAGUAUUUGUGUAUUAUACAUAGUGGAAUAUUUAAUUAUUAAAAUGUAUUAAAUAUAAUAUAAUUGAUUACAAUUUAUUUAUCAAAACCAAGAUAUAGGUAACGACUUAUAGAUGUUACUAAAAAAUAAGAAUAGUAACUAAAAACCACAAACUUAUUAUAAAAAGUCAGUUGCUGUUUUUGUAUUAAGUAACUUAUUAAAAUUACUUAAUCAAGAUAAGUAUACAAUAAACAUAUCCACCUAACUGUAAUCUGAUUACAAAAACUCGGUAACUCAAUUACUAAAAUUAAGGGACUUGGACUUUCAGAAAGAAUUAAAGGGGCUUUGUCAUUAAUAUAAAUUAAAUUUAAGGUUUCUUUUUUUAUCCCAAAAUCAUUUAAAUAAAUAAGUAAAUGAUAUAAAUUUUAUUGCUUUUCCAAACAGAAAGUAGAAUGAAGGUAAUACUAUGAAUCGAAUAAAUAUUAUGCUCGGUGAUGAAUAGAAAUAAAUUAACUUUAUUACUUUAAAACAAAUUAAAACGGACGGUGCACAUGAAAGGGUACUGAAAUGCAUUCAUAGCAAUUGUUUGAGUCGCAUUCGAUUUCAAUUUAAAGGUUUUACUAUUGUAAUUCUGUUAAUAAUAUUUUUCAUUGGAAAAAAUUUUUUUCUAGUGUAACAUUUACAAAAAAUACGAAUAAAUUCCUACCUAUUGCUCAUAUUAUACAAUAUGAUAGAUAAUUUUCAUAACUACAUUAUAGGAUAUUACUCAAAAAAUAAAUAUAUACAUUUUCGUACAUUGACAUUGCAAUUGUGAUUGACUUCUAGUGCUCUUUCAAAUUUAGUUAGAGGGCACACCGAUAUUAUGUGUUUCACUGUUCCUCUCUACAGGUGCAUGCAGCUGUAUCUGAGAACCCCAUUUGUGUAGAAGGCAAUUACAUUUUCCUUGAUCAGUAUGGAUCCUUUUUAGAGUGCAUCAAAUAGGCCGAGGGAGCUCAAAACCAGGUGGUUUAGAGUUAAGAUCAGUAAUAAGGGAAUUGUUUUUGACACAUCACUCUUUCCAAUUCUUUUAUCAACAUUUCAUGUAGUUUCAGGGCCGGCGGGAGGCACGUGUGACCCGUGCGACUGAAUAGGGCGAACAAUUUGUUUGGAAUUUUAGAGACGGCAUCGUUUAGAAAUAAAAAUAAUGCAUAUUAUAUUCUUUUAACUGGUACUAUUUAACUGGUAUAUUAUACUAUGUAGUACUAAAUAAGUACCUAUUUAUAAAAAAUAUACGUACAAUAUGGGCUAGCCGCUAACAUUGUUGCUUCGCGCGAUUAUCUUUACGGUUUCUAGUUAGUAAACAUGAGCCGAAUCAAAUCAUGAUAACCACGAUUAAGUUGAAUAGAGGCACUUAAACCUCUUGAUAUUGCAUAGGAAAAAUUUAUGAUGCUUUAUUUGAAAUAUCAGAAAAUACUAAUUUAUAUCCAAUGGUUAAACAUGAAGCUAAAUAUUUGUGUGAUUUCAUAAAAUCGUUUAUAUUUAUUUAUUCUGUUAUCAUUUAAUAAUUUAUCGUAUAAAUUAUAUAAAUCUAAUUAUUAAAUUAAUGCAAAGAUCAAAUUUUGACAUAUCUUUAGCUUUGGGCAUUUUAGAAACUCUAUUAAAACAUUUAUAGGAACUAAGAUUAGAAGAAUCUUUUAUUAUAGAUUUAACAGCACUUGCAAUGGAAAUGGGAGUAAAGUCUUAUAAGACUUAAUAAACUUAACAAACUUUUGAGAAAAAAAAUAUUAUUUCGGACCUAUUAUUUUUAUUUGCCCAGAUAACUUGAAUUUAAAAUAGUAAUUAAUUUUAUUUUUUUUGAUUUUCCCAGGAGUUUUUUUAACAAAUUUGAAAAACGGAAAAAAACGGAAAAAUACUUGAAAAUGUAAGAAAUUUAGGUAUUAAUUAAAAAUAUUAUGACUUUCUUUUUUCCUGUGGAUAAAUUUUCUAUCAGCAAAUUUACUCCGAUUUAUAUAAUAGCCCUUUUUCUGAAAGGAAAUCUGACUGGGAAGGUAUUAGAGAAACCAGUUUUAGAUUUUCUCAAGGGUUUUCCCAGAAAAUGUGAAAACUAGGAAUAAAAAAUAAGAAAACCAGGAAAAUCGGAAUCUAUUUUAAUUUUGGAUUUGAAAUAAUUGAAAUUUGACCAUAAUAUGACAUAUUUAUUGUUGACAAAGCAGCACUAUCAACUGAACUCCACUCAAAAUCGUUUUUAUCCGUUAGCAAUGAUUUAUCGUUAUUUAAAAGUGUAUAUUAAAUUACUUAUAACAGUGGCCGUCCCCACACGACCCCAUUAUCCUAGGAUGUCUUUUUUUUAUUCUUAUUAAAUAAAGGUAUUGUGCCUUAAGUCAACCUACUUAUAAUUAAUUAAAUCUUUGGAAGACAAAAUUUCAUCGUUUGAUCUCCUAAAAUAUAACCCAGUUUUUAAUUAAUUUUGUUCGUUUUGUAUAAAUAACUAUGCACUAAUUAUAUUUACAACAGUUUAUUGUAAGAGGUGGCAUUUUUCUUAAUUGUACAAGGUGACGAAAUACUGAGCGCCGGCCCUAUGUGGGGUUGAUUGAUCUUCGGCUUUGUUCUAUAUUGGAUGCCUUGAUUUGAGCCUUUUAUCAGGGUGACGGAAAACAUCGUUGUAAACUGGUAGGUUCUUCUUGUUUUUAAUUUGUUCAGUGAUAAAUAACACCGCUAAAUGUCCUCGAACUUUCUGGCUAUUUCGACAAAAAAAGCCCUUCUCAGGAUGCUCUUUAAAUGUUUUGAAAAAUCUAAGUAUUUGAAAAUAUCAGAUUUAACUACUCUAAAAAAUUCCAAAAUCAAAAUUUAAAAACAUGCAUCAUUUAACCGAAAUAAUGGGGUGAGCACGCUUAAUGAAUCACAUACAUAAUUAUUUUUCCACAAGGUGACAUAUAAUAUAUUGUUGACAAUGCAAUACUAUUAACCGAAAUCCACUCAGAAUCGUUUAUUGUUAGCAAUGGUUAAUCUUCGCGUACAGAUAUUCAUUAAAUUUCCCCUCUAAUUUCCCAAAUUCUUAUCUACAACAGUGGUUCAUCCAUGUGCGAAGGAUGUCUGUCUUUUUGUUGCAAAUCUCGUAGAAAUAUACCGUAUUAAAAUUUGACAAAUAAUGUAUAGGUAUGCAAUCAAUUCACGUAUGUAUUGUAAUCAUUAUAAAUCAUUAUUAAUAUUCAUUCACAGAUAUAUACCCAUAUCGCAAUAGCGAGUAUGGUUAAUCAAUAUGUUGCUAAUAUUAUAAGUAGAUACACCAUAACAUUAUAUGAUAUUAUGUGCAGACAGCUAGGUUUCAGUUUUGUAUUUUGUCAGGGACUGUUACUCAUACUUAAAGUCUCGUGUUGACACCCGGUCCUCCUUAAGUAACCGUGAUAUAUUAUACAUUGUCGUGGUCUUGUUCUGCCAUCAUCUUUGCCAAAAUUUCUAUUAUGUAGGUGCAAGCCAGUUAGUAUUACAUUGUUUUAUUAAAUAAGCUAAAUAUGUUGUCACGUGUGCCUAUGUCAAAAUAAUGUACAAGUUAAGUUGUGUUAAAUCACUUUUCAUUCAAAUUUUAUUUAAAAUUUCGAUUGAAAUGUAUUUUUUAAAAAAAACAUAUUAUUAAUUGGCAUUAUUGUACGAUUUAAAUUAGAAUUGUAGUUAGGGACGGGAGAGGAUAUUAUAGUGAAAUUAUUAAACAGGCUCUGUAUAUUUUCUUUAAUAAUAUUUGUUUAAUUUUGUACCGAUUUUCCAUGUUUUCCUACGUUUUUCUAGGUUUCCUCAUGUUUUAUCCCGGAAAAUUGAAAAAUAAUCACUCUAAAGUACCUCUCUAGUGAAAUUUCCUUUUAGAAACAUUACUAUAAUUAAAAGUUGGAGCAACUGCUGGUUGAAAAGUUGUGCUCAAGAAAAAAAUUAGUAUUAUUUUAGUAAUAUAUUUUGUAACUCUUGAUAAAAUCGAAAAAUAACCUCAUUUAAGUACUUCUUCACACCGAUUUCCUUUCAGAAAAGAUGCUUCUCUUAGAAAUUCGAGCAAGUCUUCUGGUAGAAAAGUUGUUAACAGAUAAAAAAUAAACAUCUGUGUAAAGCCAUAAGCUUCUUUGCUCUACUCAUGAUCUAAAAUUACAAAAGAUCGAUCAUGUUCCAUUUAAUAUUCAGCGAUUGACUAAAAGUCAUUAUUUGACACCAAACGUAUUUUUCAUAAUAAUUGAGAAAAACAAAAAAAGACGAUAAAUACAAUUUUUUCCAAUUACGGCGCAAUGAUUUCAUUAUUUAAAAUUGUUGAGAUUAUAUUUUUCUACCAGAAAUUAUCUUUGUCUGACAUCCAAGAAUAGCAUAUUUUCUGAAUGAAAAUUUGGUCUAGUUUAUCGGUGAAGAAGUCGUUGUUUGAUUUUCCGUAUAGUUUUUCUGAUAAUCAUGAAAAGCCGUAAACAAUUUUGGACAAUUUAAUAAAAAUGUAUAUCAGUGUCCAAGCUCAACUUUUCAAAACUAAAGAAACAUCGACAAAUUUGUAUUGAUUGCUGUGAGUGAUAAAAAUUAAUAAAUUAAAAUACUAUACAAAUUUGAAAAAUAUAAUUAUGUUUUUAUUUUUAAAUUUGCAGGCAGGAGAAAAGUGUAUAUAAACCUAAUUGUCAAAAUAAAAAACCAUUGGUAUUGUAUCAAUUUAUUACAAAAAAAAAAAUAAAUAUACAUAGUGGAUUUUUUGGUCGAUUACUUGAAUUGAAUAUUCUCAAAAUUGUAGAUAAAAUUAUUACCUAGUAGUCAUCAUGUCUAAUGCAAGUAUUUGAUACUCAUGUUCUUAUCAAGUAAUUUUGAGAUUAAAUUAUUUAUUUUUUACUGUGGAUACUAAACUAUACCCAAAUAAAAAUCGUUAAUAAAUAUUUGUUUUUCAAACAAAAUUUGAAUAUUUGUAUGAAAUUGGUUUGUUAUUUUAUUUUUAAAUAGGUAGUUAAACCAAAUUAAAAUAAUAAAUAUUCCCGUAAUACUUAAGUUGCUGUACACUUAUAAGUUUUAGUAAUAAUUAUUUUAUUUUAACUCAAACAUGUUAGUGUUUUAAUCGGCUAGAAACAGCUUGAUUAAAAGCGUCAAUAUUUUGUAAAAUGUUAAUGGUGUUACAUUUACUAUAAAACUUUUUGAAUUUAUUUCUAACUAAUUUUUAAUUAUUGUUUUGUUAUUUAUUUAUGUAGUUUAAAUUUCAAAUUAUUAAUAUUUAACGUAAACCUUUUUAUACUAAAUUGGUAUUAUAUAUAUCAUACAUAUACUAUUUAAAAGUUACCAAUUAGGUAAUAAAUUGUAUUUUUAAAUGGUCUAAUAAUAAUUGAUUAUAAUCUAAUAAUUAUGUACUGUCAGGUAGAAAUUCAUUAACUUAGUUAUAAUUUCCGAAAGCAUAUGAUUUGUGUACAGUUUUUAGUGUCACCAAAUUGACAUUUUCGUUAAAGAUCUAGAUAAACUUUUUCGUUUGUACAAUUGUGUAUGAUGUUAGACUAUAAAAGGUAGAGAAAAAGUUAAUUGUUUUGAUGCUUGAAGUGUUGUUCGAAGGAGGCUGCUCUUCAUUCAUUGUUACUUUGCACAUUGUUUAAUAUGUUAGGCCGUUGUUUCACAAGGGUCAGAAAUCUAAUAUUAUAUAUUAAAUUCUGCACAUACUUUAGAUGGUUCUUUAAAUUAAUAUUAAAAUUAAUAAAUAUGUAUAUAUAUAUAUUGUAUAAAAAAACAUAUUUUAUGGAUUAGAUACAUCGUAAUAAUAAAUACAUAUUAAAUAUGAUACAUACAUGAUAUUUUUUUAUAACUUUGUUACGUGUCUACAUGCUUCCACUGUAUAAUACUAUAUUAUUAUGAGUUGUACUUGGUUGUAGUUUAAAAAAAAGCCGCGACCGUAAUAUAGUAGUUUUUUAUAAUCGUUUGAGAUCAAAUUUUGCUAAAAAUCGUAAAAAUUUCGUAAUUUUAAUACAUUAAUCAUGUAUUCAAUUUAUAUAUAACUGAACUUCGCUCAGAAAUGUAUCUUGUUAACAAUAGUUUAUCGUUGCUUGUAGAACUAUAUUAAAUAACUUUUUUUUUUUGCUUAUAUUACUAUUUAUUGUUCACUUACAUUAUAUUACAUUAUCACAUGCAUGAAUACUGCAUAGAAUUGAAUAAUUUGUUAAAUGAUAAAUGAUGAAUAUUAAAUAUUGAUUUAUCUUUGAAUUACCACUGACAAAUAUGAUUUUUGGAUUCAAAAUGUAACAUUAUUUUAAUAACAAAUAAUACAUAUUUCAAAAUAAGUUUACAAAAUAUGUUUAAUCAAUGAAAAUAUUACCUAAAGAAAUAGUUAUUUUUGACAAUUCAAUCUAAACUUAACAUUCGUUUACCAAACAACACUUAUAAAAUAUUUAUCAAAGUUCGAUUGUUAUAUAAGGAUGAUGUCAUCACAUUUUAGUACAAGUAACUUUAACGUUAUAAUGCAUAAUAAUUUAUUAAUUUAGACUUGUAAUUUUUGUAAAAUUUUAUUAGUUCUGAACGAGAUUCAAACUUCUAAUUUUAUUAUUAAUUCAUUAAACUUUAUGAUAAUUUAUUGUAAAUUUCAAACAGUUGCUAUCUAAAAUUAGUUUAUACCACUUGUAUUUUGUUUACCCUGUAUACAAUGAAAUAAAAAUAUCAAAAAAUAAAAGCCCGAGUAUAUAUCAAACUUUAAAUGUUAAAUAUUAAAUACAUGUUAUUGUUUAAAUAAAUUUAAAAUAAAUCUUAAUAACAUUUAUUAGAAAAAUAAUAUUGAAUGCAAGAAAAAUAAUGAUUUCACUCUAGCCUUUAGCAGAAUUUUAUAUACAAUUAGUAGAUUGAAUUACAAAUAAAUAUACACACAUGUGACUAAAGUUUGGGUCGUAACUCAUAUAAUAAUAGGAUUACAUAUCGUUGGCUUAAAACAUCAUUUCUCAAACUUUUAUUGGCAUGACGCCCAAAAUAGAUGAAAAAAUAAAGUUAUUUACUUCAAAACCUCCUUAUAGUAUAAACUUGCUGUCGCGACCUCCAGGUUGAGAAAUGCUGGCCUAAAACCAGGAAAACAUAUCACAAAAACUGGACAAUUUGUUUUUGUUAUUUUUACUAACCAAUUUAAUGGAAAUGUAUAAUUUAAUAUAAUAACUUUAAAAAUAAUUGUGUUUUGUCUCUCCUGGAAAAGUUGAAAUUAGUUGAUAAUAUUAAGUUCCAUUAGUAGUUGCCGAUAGUAUAUUAUUGAUUCAGUGAUUCUGAAAAAAAUUCUUUCAAAGUAAACUUUUUUUUCCGUUUAAUAUUAUUUGUCAUAAAAACUUUUUUAAAAAAUAGGAUGUUAAUUUAUGUUUUAGUUUAUUUAAUUUUUGUUUAACAUUGUACUAUGUUUUAAUAUUAUAGUUAAUUAAUUAAUUUCAAACAGUAAUAAUAAUUGUUAUCAGCAAGUAAAGUUUUUAUAACUAAAAAAUAGUAAAUCCCACCUACAACACUCUUCUACAAGUACUCUUCUUAUGCUGUCGACAUAAUUUGUUUUUUCCUAAAAUUAAUAACCCGAAUUUCAACUCUCUAUCUCAUCGGUAAGUGGAGGUACCCUAAUUUAAAAUACUAGAUUUGACUGAUACAUAAUAUACAUGAUACACACCCUUGACCAUCGUAUUUAUCUACGACCCAUGUGUAUUACAAAUAAAACGAUCAAGUGCCGCAGUUAAGACGUCUUUUCAUUAUGCUCGCCCUCCAAUGCACAGUGACUGCGUUUUAAUUGUACACGCACGUCGUAUCAUUGUAAUAAUAAUGUUACGUGCUCAUAAUAUAAAUAUAAAAUAUUAACAUAAUAUUUAGAUAAACUUACACGGAAUUACAAAACGACUCGUUUUAAUCGCACGAGUUGAUAGGCAAUCAUGGAUCCAAGAGGAGCACUGCACAAAUUGCGAAAAAAAAAUGUUUUUUUUUUUUUUAUACAAACGUCAAUAAAUAAAUGAUUAUAAGUGGGCAUUGUAAGUUUAUUUGAUUAUUUUCAUAAUAAUCGGUUUUUCUGUAUUGAUUUUUGUUUUUACUUGAAGUUUAUCGACGAUAAACUAUUGCUGAUGAAAAAUAAUUCGGAUCGAAGUUAGGUUAUACAUGUUUUGAAAGGUCGUAAUAUUUACGAUUUGCAUCAAAAUUUAAUUUUAAAACUCUUAUAAAAAUAAGAAAUACUACAUUAUAUUCAAUUUUUUAUUUUAUCACUAACUACGACAUACAAUAAACCUUCUGUUAAAUUUUCAAGCAUUUCUGUUAAGGCUAAUAAUUUUAUCCAUAAAAUCCAUAAUAUAUCCAUAGUACCUAUCAAAUAAAAAUUACGAAAAAAAACUCAUUAAAUGAAAAUCAUGCCUUAAAAAAGUCAAUAUAUCAAGUUUUCUUUAAAAAUUUCAAGUCAUUACAAAUAUUUUUAAUUGAAUUGCAACAAUAAAAUUUAAAAUAAUAAAAGAAUUAUUUUAGUAUAUAUUUCCUCUAUUUCUACGUAUUUUUCCUGUUUUGCUCAAUUAAUAAAAAAAAACCACAAACAAAAGAAAAAAAGUUUCUUGGUUAACAACAAGAUUAAAAAUUAAACAAAAUCAGAAAUCAGAAAUCAUAAUUGGAAAUCUUUCUUUUGGUUUUUCCUAAUUAUUUUAAAACUACAAAGAAAAUCCAAAAAUGACUUCUUACUCAUGAACUAGAUUCACAAUGAAAAAACAAAGGUGUCUUGACGUUUUUCAUAUCAGAACAUUAUUUAUGGCAGAAAACAAGCUGUACAAAUUUAAAAUAAUAAAAUCGCAGUGUAGUAUUUAAAAAAAAAAAAAACGUUUGUUUUGAUUUUCCCCAAUUAUUAUAAACAAUAUUUAAGAUAUCAAAUACGACUUUCUUUGACUGUGGCUAUAGGAACAAAAUCGAUCAAUUGCCAUUUUUCAAUCGGAGCACUAUUUCUAGUAGAAAACAUAAGUUGUAAAAAAAAAAACAAUGAAAUGGGUAACACCGUAAAUAUUUGCCGUUUCACCUAUAAUUUUCUUUCAAAGUUUUCCCAAUUAUUUUGAAAACCUCUUGGAAAAUCAAGAAAUGACCUAUUAAUGCUAUAAGUUACUAUAAUAUUUUAUACAUCAGAGUAAAGUAAUUAUUCAAAAAGUUAUUUUGAUGAUAGGAAAAUAAAAAAAUAAAAAAACAUAAAAGGCACACAUCAUAGUAAAACUAAUAGGUUUCCCUAUUUAAUAGUAAAACCUCGCUACACUCUGAAUCUAAAAUAUUAUAUUCAUUUCCAUAGGUGGUCAAAUCGAUAUAGUAUAAGACGGGAGAAACAAAUCUAAAAUAAUGUAACCGUUAGUCUCGUAAACUUUCCUGUUUUUCCUAUUCGACGAACGACGAUGAUUAGUGGGUAGUUGGAGCUUAUAUAUUAAUAAUAUUAAUGUAAUCGAGAUGCGCCGACGAGUGGAAAGUGCUGUUAGAUAAAGACAGAGAAAGAGAGAGAGAGAAUGAGAAAACCGUGUGUAUGAACAGUGGCGAGGGUAUUGGUGUUGUAGGAGGGUAAUGGGUGAGGUGUAUAGGGGCGUGAAAUUUAAAGCUGGAUACGGGGCUUAUGGCCGGCGGAGGCGCAUGGCGCACGCCAUUAAUUUUAUCUUGAAUUUGAUCCCCGGCGGUUUUCCAAAAGGACAUAUAUUUGUGUAACACCGUAGCCCGUUUUGGUAUAUUAUUAUGAACGGGAUCGGUGAAAUAUUGCACCGUAACCGCUCGGGGGCAACAGAUGCCGUUACGAAGGCCGUAAUAAAAUUUUAUCUCUUACAUGGUGGUGGUAGUAGAGGGUCCACGUCACCGAUAUCAUCCUUAUUUUAUAUCGUUCGGCCGUGGUACCGGGAGUUAUUGUUGGUAACACUGCAGGAAUCCCAUAUUAUAAUGGUUGGGCCUAUAUUAUAAUAAUAUAUUAUAUAAAAUAAUAUACGGCUGGUAAAUCUUGCGCAGUUGAACGUUUUGUAAAAAAUUCAGACAUUUUUUCUAACUAAGUUUGUCCUAGAGUAAUCAGAUUUCAACUGAAGGGAGGAGAGUUAAAUACGUUUUUGCUUAAACAAUGGGAAUAGGUAAAGCGGAUCCGACCUCCCCAAUAAGAAUUUACAAAAUUGUUUUCAUCCAUGUAAUAGUUUAAACAAAAUUAAAAAAAAAAACAACUUAAUAAUAGAUUGAAUAUUAUGUAUAAUGUCUUGGCAUAACUAUAAUUAUUAUCCUUUGACAGCUUCAUCCUUUUAGGAGAAUUUUAGAACAAUGGAAAAAACUGUAUCUUUAUAACUUAGAUCGUCUUUAAAAUUCUGAGCGCAUUAAGAAAUAUAUUGAUUUAUAUUUUCCAUGGACUAUUGUUGGACAUAUAGCUCCUCCUUAAAUAUUUUUUAUACAAUUAACUAUUUAGUAUAGCUAAUUUUCUUCGAAUUGUGGAAGAAAUAAUUGGAAUCAUAUAAUUAAUAUUCAAAUAAUAAAAAAGUACAAUAAAUAAAUACGGUUACGAGAGGGGGGAAGUUUCUUAACCCCUUUAACUACAUCACUUUAUGUUUUUUUAUUGUUUUUGAUCAAAAACUGAAUGGCCCAUGGACGGGUUACCAAUUAAUGGAUUUGCAUAUACUCUUAGUUGGAAAAAGUCUAGAAACAAGAAACAACAAGGAUUUUUUUUUUUUUUUGAAUUUUAGUGAAAAAUAAUUGUGACCUAAAAUUUUCUUCAAAUACGUAUUUUAGCACAUCCUAAAUGUGGUACAAUUUUCAAAAACAUUCUGGGAUAUUUUAAAAUUAUUUAUGAUAUUUGUAAUAUUUCAGUUGAAAAUAAAUAAAAUAACUCUCAAAGUUAGUUCUUAUUGAUUAUAGAAAUUUUAACCAUAAUAAAGCUGAUUACUUACAACUGUCAUUAAUAUUCCUGAAAUUUUUGGAUAUCUAUAGAAAAAAAAAAAAAAUUAUUACUAGUUUUAAAAUAUUAAAUUUAAAAAAGAAAGGUAAGAUAAUGAAGACGGGUGCAGCCACUGGUGUAGGUGAAAUGUUGGGAAGGUAGGAUAUUGAUGGGAAUUUAAUGUAUAUCUGUAAGUAACGAUAAAGCAUUGCUUACGAAAAAACAAUUCUGAGUGGAGUUCAGUUGAUAGUGAUGUUUUGUCAAUAGUAUAUAUGUCAUUUGUAGUAAAAUAAUUAAAUAGCUUUUAUAUAGUUCCUUUAAUAAAAUUUGUUUUAUAUUGUACCAAUUUUCCCAGUUUUCUUACGAUUUUUCCGGUUUUACUAUGUUUUAUCCAGGUUUUUCAAAUUUGAUGAACUCCUUAGGAAAUCGAAAAUGACCUCUCCAUGUCAAUUUUCUUUCAGCAAAGAUGCUACACGUAGAAAUCCAGGCAAGCCUUCUCUUCUGGUAGAAAAAUUGCUCACAAAUAAAAAAAAAAAAAAUCAUAUUUGUAAAAUCAUAAGCUUCUUCGCUCCACUCAGAAUACAAAAUUGGUUUAGGCUAGGUAAAUUUAUUUCGAGUUGGAUUUACCUUCGAGAAAUACUUUAUGCUAAUGCAGGUAAAAUAAAAUACAGGUACAAAUAAGUCGCAAGUACAAUUAUUAUUUUUUAUUAAAAAAAUCUUAUAAAUUAUAAUACUUGUUUAUAUUAUUUUAGUAUUUUUCCGUGAACUCUUUAAUUAAUGUUGUGCAUUUAGUUGACCUGACUAAGUGUGUAUAUUACGUGUUCGUAGUUAUUAUUUUUCGAUUUUUUGUAAUACAAUGUGGAAUUAGAUACUACUAAACAAGUUUGCCUUAUUUGUAGUAAAUAUUUGAAUGAAAGUGAAAAAGUUAUUGUUGACUGUAGAAUUAAAACUUUAAUUGAUUCAAGUAGUGAAAUGAAAUGAUAUUCAUAAUAUUAUAUUUAAAAGAAAGUGUAACAACUUGAUAUAUUGCUCACCGAUUUGCCUGUGAUUUUUUUUUUUAGCCUUUUUAUUUGCUUCAUUACUACAAAAUAAGCAUCAUUAUUAAAACAAAAAAAAUGCUUCACUUUUUUAGUUGUAGCAAUACUACUUUUACGAAUGUAGAUUUUACAAUACUGCACAAGGAUUGUCACAGGUUGUUUGUCCUUUAAGUAUUCAAAAUAUCCAUCGUUUUUUUCACUACUUGAAUCAAUUAAAGUUUUGAUUCCACGUUUAACAAUAACUGUUUCACGUUCGUUAAAAUGUUUACUACAAAUGAAGCAAACUUGCUACAUUUUAGAUUCUGAGAGGAGUGGAAAAUGUAAUGGUUUUACAAUGAUGUUUAUUUUUUUUUUAUGUGAAUACUUUUUCUACCAGAAAACUUAUUCCAUUUACCAAGUAUAACAUCUUUUCUAAAAGGAAAUGUUCUCUGGAUGCUACUUUAAAGAGGUUAUUUUUUAAAAUUCUCAUUUAUAUUCGGGAUAAUGAAGAACACCUGGUUCUUUAGGUUAAAAAAGAUUGAAAGAUGAAAAAUAAAGUUGUCAUUAACAACCGUUUUUAUUUAGGUAUUUUUGUUAUAAUUAAGUUUUAUUAUUUUAAAAUCUUUUUUAAACAAUCAUUUUUGUAAUAGGAUCGUAGGUAUUGUAAUCAUUUAACUAUAAUAUGACAUAUAUAUUGUAUUGUUGACAAAGCAACACUUAUCAACUGAACUCCGCUUUUCAUUAGCAGUGGUUAUAGGUGCUUACAGAUAUACAUUAAAUUUUAGAAAAUUACUUGAUCAAUAAAUUACGCAAAGCUAUUUUUACGAAAAUACUUAAGUUUAAGAGAUAUAUGAGUAAAACCUAUUUUUAUGAUCUUUGACUUCGAAUACAUGUUUUGUCAGCCGUGAGAUCGGGGGGGGGGGGCUUUUGACAUUUCAUUUUAAUGAUGUACUUGAGAGGUGUACCAAUUUUCAGCUCUAUGCAAAUUAUUCUGAAGUUGAAUGUUUAUUUUGAGUGAACUAUUGUGUCUUGUAUUUACUUGUUGUCCAUUAACCACGUCUACCCCAAGUCCUUACCCCCAUGCUCUAUUUUACAGUCUACCACCUCUCUACUAUUUCAGUUACACGAAGUAUACUAUCUUCUGGUUAAGAUAAGGAAUCAAAAAAAAAAAAAAAAAAUAACGGACAUACAUAUAUUAAAAUUCUGAUUUUUUAAAUAUAUAAUUGUAGUUAAGGCCGAUAUUUUCGAUUACUUAGAUUUUUCACAACAUUUAAAGGAGUAACCUGUGGCGAUACCAUUUUUAUUUUUUUUAAUGAGAACCUAUAUUAAAAAUUCCACGAAUAGACAGAAUAUUACUUUGAAUUGAUGUUGGAGUCAAAAUUUUGAUCCAAUAUCAAUUUUAACUAAUACUCCAUAAAUGUAUGGAAUUUUUAAUGUAGGAUGGACAACUUGGAAAGAAAUUCCGAUAAAAGUGAAUGAGUGUUAUACAAUAAAUUGAUGUGUAACAGACAAAAUAUAGUGCAAUAGUCAUUAUUUUCGGGGAAAAUUUGACAAUUUUGUAAUAUCUGAAUUUCUCAUGAAAUUUCCACUGAGCAUAGAUAGUAUUUUAUUUUAUCUACAUAUAGUGUAGUGUGUCUGAUGAUUUUCCCUUUUUUUAACGUUAUCUAUUUUACGGUGUACAUUAUAAUAUAAUUAUUUUGCUAUCGUUAUUCUGUAUGCGGUUAUAUUUCACGUGUCAUUUAUAUUAUUUAAUAUAACAUAUUGCACUGAAAUCCAACAAGGAUUUGAUAUAAUAUUACUAUUUUUGAGCGUAAAAAAAACUCCCUUGUGAAUAUACAACGCGGCACUAAAUACAGCAGCUUACACACAACACGUGCGCGUCAGUUUAUUUUCAAAACAUACAUUUCUUUGCGCGUAUGACAGAUUAAAUGAAAAAAAAAAAAUUAAAAAAAAAACGGACAGUCUUAAGAAAUAUUGCAAUAUUAAUAUAAUGAAAAAAAAAAAAACAGUAAUAAUAAUAUUCUUGGUAGGUAAGUAAAACGAAGCAAAUAUUAUAAAAAUAACGUCUUGAAUUCUAUAUAAUAUUAUGUAUUAUUAUUAUAGCAUUAUUAAAACCGUGUCGUAUUAAAUUUUAUGCAUGUGAAUUAUGGUUUGCGUACGAAUUCACAAAUUUGAGUAAAAAUGUGUAUACAAGUACAUACUGCAUACAUACGAAUGCAAAUGGAUUGGAUAUAUUGAAUUCUCUAAAAUUACAUUCAAUUUGUAGCAAAAAAGCAAUAUUGGUUUAACAAAGAUGUGUUUUUCUUAUCGAAACCAACAUCUACGGUUAGUAAAAUGCUAAAACGCAGUAUCUUAAAAAAUACUGAAUUUUCGUUUGGUACUUUAUUUGAAAAAUGGUUCUAUGGAUUACCAAUAAUUUUUCUAACGCAUAAAAAAAAAAAAAACUGAUAAUAAAUGACAAUGCAUUACUUUUAUUCUUGUUGAUUCUGGAUUACCUUGGCUACAAAGACUAAUACUAUAACCUAAUACAUUUACCGAGAUCCAUUUAUAAUCAUGUUUCGUAUGUGUUGACUUAUCAUUAAUUUCAGUAAAUAAAUUAAAAUCUCUAUAUCAUAUACCUUCCCGAAAGUUCCCACCAAAAAAUAGUGUUCGGCUUUUAUAUAAUUAUAUAUUAUUAUAUUUGUUUACAUUCUAUUUAUAUAUAUAUAUAUAUGUAUAUACAUACAUUUUUACUCAAUGGGGGUCCAAGGAUACUAAUGUAGUACUGUGCGUCUGAAGAUUAGUGAACAAUGGGUGUAAGAUACUAUAAGAAGCAAAAUGAGUUGAUUUAAACUUGACUUAAACUAAAUGAUUUUGCAAAUAGUGGUAAGACGUUCAAGGUGAGUUAAAUUAGAUUGUAUUAAAUUAUUUUGUAGCCAUUUAUUUAUAAAUAAAUAGUGGUGGGGUUUGAAUAAUUAUUUUUUUUGCCAUGACUGAUAUACCACUACUGUUAUUUUCUAAACCUUUAGCUAAAAAUUAAUCUAAAACCAGUUUAUUAAUUUAUCCCCGAAAAACAAUCCUUCAGGGUACAAUACUAGCAAAGCGAAAAAUGCAUUAUAAAUUAUUAAUUAUCAAAUACAUCGUUUACGAGUGUAGCUAUAGAAUGAUAUUAUAUAAGCAAUAUUAAAAAAAACCUAUGUAUUUAUACUUUACAUGUAAUAAUUAUAGAUACAUAAAAAGCAUUCUUCUAAGUCUGGUGUCCCGGAUUUCUCCCGGAACAAAAAGUUUCACAAUAUAACUCUUACUUUUAAAAAAUGUAUUUUUUUGCAUACCAUCUAAGUGAAUGAUUUUUACAAUCGAUUAAGAUUAUUAAGCUGCAACUUUCUUGGAGUUACUUUUUCUUUUAAUAAUAAUAAUAAAAAAGACGUCCUAAGAUAAUGGAUAUGGGUGCAGCUACUAUUAUGGGUAAUUUAAUGUAUAAUUGUAAGCAACGAUAAACUAUUGCUAAGAAAAAAACGAUUCUGAGAGCAGUACAGUUGAUAGUGAUGCUUUGUCAACAAUAUAAUAAUGAUAAAUAAUUAAAUAGACAUAAAAUUUUGUUUUUAAUAAUAUUGUACUGAUUUUCCCGUUUUUCCUGUGUUUUUUCCCGGUUUUUCACAUUUGUUCGGAAAAUGGAAAAAUAAUCUCCCUAAAGUACCUUUCUAGUCAGAUUUUUUUUCAGAAAAAGUGCUAUCUUUGUAAAUCGGAGCAAAAUUACUCGUAAAAAAGUUGUUCGCAGGAAAAAUGAAGGCCAAAAUAAUUUUCAAUUAAUACUUAUAUUUCGUACAUAUUUCCAUUAUUUCUCCGUUUUUUUCGGUUUUUCACAUUUAUUGAGAAAACUUCGGGGAAAAUUUAAAAAUUGUAUAUAUUUAUAAAAUAAAUUACCACGGAGAUAAAAUUUUCUCUCAGAAAAUAAGCUACACUUGAUACAUUGGAGUAAGAUUUCUGGUAAAAAAGUUUGCAUAACGAAUCGAGGGCUAUUUGUCGAUUAAAAAAGUCUAAACGAGCAAUAGCUGGGUCUCUAGGUACUCCUAAAAUGAAUUUUUUUCCCUAUUCAGGUAAAACGGAAAAAAUAAGUACAAACAUUUUUUUUGAAACACGGGGGCGUUUGAACUUGCAAACUAUAGGAUGUCACUAGAUAUGUAUAACCAUUCGGCUACGACAGACAUAUUUUAAGAAGAUAAUAUAGAAUUAUUAUUAUAACAUAUAAUAUCUGCAUAAUAUCAGAACUUCAAAAACCUAUGAUUUCCAUAACUUAGUCAAUCUACUCAGUUCACCACCGUUCCUAAACGUCAAUAUAUAUAUGUUCAAAAAAAAGAAAAUUGAUAAAUUAGGUUUGUUUCACAUAAUUUUUUAAUCAAACAAUAUUUUUCAAAAAUUUGAUAUUAAAAUUCCUUUAUAUAUAUAUAUAAAAAAAAUACUACAUUAAACUCUUUUUUUUUUUGACCUCAAAGUAAGAUUUUGAAUGAACUUCCUGUUAAAUUUUUAAUCAUUUCUGUUAAGUCUAACAAUUUUACCACAAAUUACUUACCGAAUAAAAAUUACGUACAAUACUCGUAAACUUAAAAUGUCAAAAAAUAAAUCAAAAAUGGUUUACAUUUUUUGAAAAUUUUACCGAGUCUAAAAAAGACAAAUAUAAAUUUCCUGUCUAAAUUUCAAGUUUCUACGAAUAUUUUUAACUGAAUUACUGAUAAUGAGUAUACCCAUUUAAAUGAAUCACCCGGUUCAUUCUUCGCUACACUUAGAAUCUAAAAGAAUAUAUUUAUAUGAUAUAGGUACUCGUAUAUAUAAUGGCUGGAGGCUCAAAAAUACAGUUAACUUACAUGAUUAACAAAUUAUCAUUCAGAACAAUGAUUCUAGUGGGUCUAUAUCAUUUCGCCGCGAUCGUUAUAGAUAUUAUAUAGGUUUGUUAAUUUGCUCAGGAUACGUUAUAUUUUGCAUUCACAUAAGUAAUGUAUAUAUUUUCGUAAUCAAGGGAGUGACCUUGAUAACAUAUUAAAAGUCAACAUUUUAAAUAUCCAGAAUAGAUUGAGGAUUGCAUUCAUAAAUAUAAAAGUGGUAUAUUCUGAAAGAAGGGUUCGACCGGUACUAUAUAUUAAACGUUUAUCAGAUUUGUUUUUUGGUUGCAUUCACUAGUGUGUGUGUGUUAGUGUGUUAACAGCUGAUGAGAUACAAUGGGUGUGUUAUGGCGAUUAUCCUGGUUAUAUUCGUUACACACUACGAGCAACGCAAUUAUGGCUAAAUAUAAAAAUCGCCAUAAUAAUAAGGUUCCUAUACAUACAGAAGCUACCAAACAAAGAUGAUUCCGACUUUCUUAGGUGUUUUACUGACGCCGAGGAAAAUUAUGAAGAAAACGAUGAUUAUAAACCAAGAUAACAGUCAAAAAUAAGUUUUUAAUUUUUUAUUAUGUGUUAUGUAAUAUGUUUAGUCGAACAUAAAUAUAAUAAAUGUUUUUUUUUUUAGUAUCAUAACAAUCUUUAAUUUUUUUUACAACAUAUUAUUAGCGUUUAUACAUAAAUCAUUACAGUCUUGAAAAUAAAAUGAAAUAAGAUCGCAGUAUCAUCAGCAUAAUAGAUAAUUUCAGCUAAUUUAUUGUUUUUUAUAGUCAUUUUUUUUUCUCCAUUACCCAAAAACCAGAGUUCAACCCUGUUAUCAUAUUAAUUUAGAAAAAAAAAGUUAUAACCAAAUCGUUCGGCCAACAAUGUUGUGAUUCAACAUAGGCCCGGGCCCGGGGGUUGCUUGCACCCCUAGCAUCCCCGAUAGUUGUGGUACUGUGGGAAUGAGUUAUCGUAGUUUACAAUAGCUUUAGGUGCCUAACAUAUAUUAUAGAAAAUGCUAACAAAAUUUAUAUUCACACGAUUAUAAUAUUAACAUUAGUUUCAUAAACUCAAUUUAUUAUUAUUAUUAUCUUAAUUUUAUAAUUGUUAACAAAUAACAAUAUGUCAUCGGCAUAUUAUCACUGUAUAAUAUAAAAUUCAAGAAAAUAUAAAUUUUUCUUAGAUCAUAUUGUACUAUGGAUGGAGUCACAACGUAUUAAUCAAUAGAAAAACAUAUUGCCGAUAUAAGCGACGAGAUACUGAUAAAGGUGUUCGAUAUGCGCAUGCACGAUGCAACUUCCCGCAUAUUUAUCCACAGAUCACGUCAUCAGCUGUUAACACACUCACACACACACUAGUGAAUACAAUCAGAAAAUCAUUCUGAGAAAUAUUAAAUUUUUAUGUGCCGGUCGAACCCCUCUUCAGAAUAUACCACUUUUAUGUCUAUGAAUGAAAUCCCCGAUCUAUUCUGGUUAUUUAAAAUGUUGACUUUUAAUAUGUUAACAAGAUCACUCCGCUGAUUACGAAAAUAUAUACAUUACUUAUGUGAAUGCAAAUAAUAACGUAUCCUGAGCAAAUUAACAAAUCAGGACCCAGUGCAGAAUUUUGCGGGACCCCAUGCAUAUUGAUAUACCUAUAAUAUAUCUAUAUGUUUAUUUAUUUUAUUUUCUAACGGACUUACUUUAUUUUCAUAUAAUUUUAUAAACUUUAAGGCCUUGUUUAAAUUUGUAUACCUAUAGAUAAACUAAUAAAAUCAAAUUUGUUUUUUUAUAUUAGACACAAAACGAGUAGAUACAAACAUUAUUUUAUUAAUUAAUAUUUUUAUUAGCUUUGUAUAAUUGGUACCAUCUUGAUUUUCGUCAAUAACAACCCGUGUCCUAAGAUAACCACACGGCCACACAGCACAUGGAUAGAUCAAAAUUUGCCUACUAUUGAGACAAUAUUAUUAUGAUUAUUUAUAGACAAAGUGAUAUUCGGAAUACCUAAUUUGCAGGGCCCGGCGAGGGUGCACCGCUUGCCCUCCUAGGGCCGGCACUGAUUUGAGUAUUUACUUUACAUAAUAAAAUAUAAUAUAAUAUGAUCAUUAAUUAAUAUUGUUAAAAUCUAUAUAUCUAUAAUUAUAUUACGUUUAAAAAUUAAUUUUAUAUGUCUAUGUGAUAUUCUACCAUAGACAUAUUUAAUGAUAAUAAUAUAUAAUAUUAUAUAUAUAUUUUCUACGUUGGAAUCUAGCAGUUAUUAUUAUCGGGUUUGUCCUAGUAUAUGUCACAGUUGUAUAAACAAUCAACAUAAUAAUAACAAUUUUAGAGCAAUAUUUAAACACCCCAAAGUUGUAAAGAGUAGGUACAGCUAUGGUUAUUAUAAUUAUUUAAUCUUAUACUGUAAUAUUGAAUAUUUAAUUAGAGAAGAGAAAAAAAACAAAUAUAUAAUGUACAAUGAAUACAUGUAGGUUUAACUAAUAUUUAUUAUUAUGUUUUAAUUUAAGUAGUAAAUCAAAAGAAAAAUCAAAUUUAGGCACGUUGUUACAUGCACCUAAAAGGUGAUACUCCGUACUAUGUUUAACUUUAUUUGUCGAGCAUUGUAGAAUUAAAAAAGAACAAUUAUUUCUUGCGUUGAAAGUUGGAAUUUCGAAGUUUUCCAUAGAAACUCUGGGCAGGAUAAUUUAACAUUUAUUAGUUUAUGGACGAAGGCUAUGUCAUUAUAUAAUAUUCUAGACUCUAAAGUCUAGAGGCCAGUGAUUUUAAACCAAAUUCUAUCGCCAAGAUAUCUAGGGAGACGACUAUUCGACCUAAUUUUUAUACCAUCAUCCUUAAAAAAUGUCGUUAAAUUUUUUCAAGUUCGUCAAUUAGGUAAUUUUGUUUAGCAUUCCAAAUUACUAACUCAAAUUUUAAUAUACACCUGACAACAGAGCAAUAUAAUACUUUGAGACAGUUAAUGUUUUUAAAUUUGGAAUAUUUACGGUUUAUAAAGCUAAUGGCCCUUAAAGCUUUGCUAAAAAUAGCGUCGAUAUAAGUAUUGAAUGUCAGAUCAAAGGACAAUAAAACAUCUAAAUCAUGCAUAGUAGAUGAGUUUUGUAAAUCAUAAUUUUUUAUAUUAUAGAGGGGUUGUAAUUUUGUUUCUUUGACGUCUAAAUGAGACACAUUUACAUUUAGAAAUGGUAAAUGAUAGAUCGUUUCGAAAAAACCAUUUCGUAAGUUCAUCUAGAUCGUUUUGUAACAGGUUUGAGUCUUUAACUGCAUUUAUUGGAUGAUCGAUUUUCAUGUCAUCGGUAUAUAAUAGAUAUUUACACGACUUGAAGGUGGCUUCAAUAUCAUUUAUAAUUAUAAUAAACAAAAUAUGGGAUAAGUGGCCACCCUGAGGUAAACCAGAUGUGGCAGUUGCAUCUUCUAAGUUCAAGAUGGACAUUUUAAUUAUUAUCACUGGGGUAUUUUUAAUGUAAUUUUAAAAAAUCGUAUUAGUUUUUAGAUUCUGAACAGAGUGAGGAAGUAUUGGUUUUACAAUGAUGUUUAUUAUUGUUAUUAUUUUUUUAUGUGAACACUUUUUCUACCAGAAAGCUACUCAGAUUAUCAAGUAUGGCACCUUUUCUGAAAGGAAAUGUUUUCCGGGUGUUACUUUAAAGAGAUAAUUUAUUUAAAUGUUCAUUAAUAUUCGAGUUAAUAAGGAAAAUCUAGUUCUUUAGGUUAAAAAAGAUUGAAAGAUUAAAAAUAAUGUUGUCAUUGGUAACCGUUUUAAUUUAUUUUUUGUUAUUAUAGUUUUUAUUAUUUUUUAAACAAUCGUGGUUGUGAUGAAAACGCAUAUUGUUGUAAUUAUUUUACCAUAAUAUGACAUAUAUAUUUUAUGACACUAUUAUCUAACACCGCUCAGAAUCGUUUUUUUGUUAGCAAUAGCUUAUCGUUGCUUACAGAUAUAUAUUAAUUGGGCAUAACCGUUUUUGACCAAAAUCGUACAUUUCCCUUUUUGGCCGAUUUACUUAACUUAAUAAAGUAAUUACAUUUUUAGGUAUAAUUUGAAAAUGUUACGAACCAGACAUACUGACAAAAUUAAACAAAAUAUAAUUUUUUUUUAACAUUUUUUAAUUUUAAGUAGGAGUAAUAAAAUAUAAUUCUCUUUUUGUAUAGUACAUAUAUAUGUAUGCAUACAAUAAAUAUAUAAAUAUUUUAAACUAUAAGUAGGUACAUAACAUGUUAACAUAAAUAUACAGUUAAUAAAUCUUUUGUAUAUGUAUAAAUUAAACUUUCGUUUUGAAUAUUUUAUACUCUUUAAAAUGUAUGAUAUGUUUAAUGACUUAGUAUUUUAUUUAGGCUGAAAAGUGAAUUGGCUGAAAAGGAAGAGUAAGAUUUUGGUUGAAAAGGGUCUCACUCCAUUAAAAUCCUAUCUGUAUCCUACCUUCCCAACUUUCCACCUACCACAGUGGCUGCACCCACGUACGAAGUUUGUCAGUCUUUUUUAUAUAAAAAUUCUUUAAUACUUAUUGGAUUAUGCAUAGUCACUAAGGCCCGGAUUUCAAUGCAAAGUGCAUUUUUUUUUUGGUUGGUGCUUUCCAUGUACAUAAUUCGUUUCAUGUAAUAGGUGCUUUAAGCUGAAACUUUUAUUUUGCAUUUUUUUUUUUUUUUUUGCAUAUUUUACGUUUUUUCAUUUUUUAGUGUUAUUGAGUGAUUUUGUUGGUUUUAAUGCAUAUAUAUGUCUAUGAAACAAUACAAAUUUAAAAAUAUUGAAAUAUUGAAAAAUUUGAAAAUAUUAUCUAAAGAUAAAUUGUUUUCUUGAUAGUUAAGUUGUUUUCAUUUAAUAGGUUUAUUGGGCUUUUCUAUACAUAUUGUCAAUCCUUCGAUUUAUUUCGAUUCAAUUUUUAUCGUAUCUUUAUUAUUGACCGUGGAGCAUCACCCGUACUCGGACAAAUAACAAUUAAUAUGUUAGUUCUUGUUACAUCGCGGUCGACACUCAAAUUUGAUAUUAAUUUUAAAAGAUACUAGAUAAAAACUUUAUUAAAAUAGCAUAUUUUUCAAUGGCUCAAUCGUUGAUACAAUACGGCAUUAAAGCAUGGGGUGGUUGUAAUACCUACUUUAAAAUAUAACUUAUCAGUUAUAAAAAAGAACCUAAUAAAAAUCAUCUUAAAUAAAUAGCAAGUAUUCCCCCUUCUUGUGAAUUAUUUAAAUUGUUAAGAGUACUUGAUAUUAAAAAUUUAUAUAAAAGGCAAGCAAUAUGUUUUAUUUACAAAAAUAAUUUAUUUACUACCUACUAAAAACCUAAAAUAUAACUUUAGAAAAAAUAAUCUUGAAAUACCGUUCGUCAGUACCACAAAAGCUUCAACGUCUUUUUUACAAGUUGGUUAAAGGUCUCUAAAUGGAAUUCCAAAAGAAUUACUAAUCUGUUCAAAUUAUUCACAUUUAAAAUAUAAAUUAAAAAACUGGUUUUGUAAUAAUCUUUAAAUAUAAUUACUUCUAAAUGUGUAAUACAACACUUAUUAAUUUCUUAUUUAUAUUAAUUUAGUUUUAAUCAAUUAAGUUUUUUUUCUUGUUACUUUUUUUAUAAUUAAUAUUUUAAAAUUUAAAAUUGUUUUUCAUUACUAUAUAAUGAAAUAAGCAUUCUUAGUCUACGUCAUAAGGUUUAUCCUCAGUGUAGAGUAAUUUCUAGAAUUAAUCCAUUUUAUACAAUAUGUAAAUUUCUAUGUAUAUUAUAUAUAUAUAUUAAAUAUGUAUAUUUCUUUAAUUAGAACUUUAAAUAAAUAAAUAAAAAAAAAAAGUAUAUCUUUAGUUUUUGUGAAAUUAUUAUACGAAUAUUCUGCAUAUUAAUAAGAACGAAACAAUUUUUGUUCGUAACGUGUUUGGCAUAUUGUAGUUUUACAGAGGAAACCGUUACGAAAAUCCUCCAAAAAAAAACGACUUUCUUAUGUUUUAACAUUACAAGACAUACCAUCUGUGCCCUAUUUUCAAUCGACACAGAUAUUGUAUAUAAUAUGUAUGUAGACGUACAUGCAACUUUUGAAGUUCUUCUGUCCUUACAUUUUUUAAGGGGGUAAUGGGUGGUUGGUGGGAAGUAUGUAAAAAACAUUGUUGCAAACAAACUCGACGAACCGAUAUAAAGAGAAAACUUCUCGUAUACUCAAAAAAGGUGUGAUGUUAUUAUAUUAAAAAUGAAAAGAAAAAAAGUAUUACCCUACCAGAUCAGGAUUGUAUUACGUCGAUUUGCGGUGGUCACGUGUGUUUCGUACUCGCUUUUAUAGGCACAAUAAUAAUCGUAAUAGAAAUGAUAACAAUAUUAACAUUAUCGUAGCUGGGGUGUGAUUCGAUCGAAGGAUGUGACCGAUGUGACGACAGCGGAAAAGAAAAAUUCGCGGGGUGGUGAACCUACGUGUCGUGGAGCGGGAAGGGAACUUUUCUGGAUUCUGUGUGUGAGGGGUGGGACGAUGAUAACGACGGCGGUGGUGGUGACGACGACGCCGAACGGCCAAACUGCCACGCGGCAAGCGGCGCUCGAAGGGGGUCGUCGGGCGCGUUAUGCGGUGUUGUAGGGAGGUGACUGUCCGGUGCAGGUCGCACGCGCGUACCGCCACAUCCUUGCCACUCUCCUCUUCCCGCGCCAAAACACACACGCACACACUAGCUCACCUUUUUCGAGGGAAAAGUCUCUCGAGCGAUACGGGACGGGAGCGGGUCACUGCCGACGGGAAUUCAACUAUAUAGGAGGUCCGCCGAGUUCCACUCGAUCGAUACGCUAACGGCGGCGAAGGCAAGAGACGCUAGCGCUCCCGCGUAGACUGGCGGCACACACAAACCGACCCGACGCGAGGUGCUUAUAGUACUAGCGUACAGCGCGCGUAGUGUAAAGUAUAGUAGGUAGCAGUAGUAGUACUAUUAGUAGUAAGUAUAGUAUAGUAGAAUAGUAGCAGUAGUAGCCCUAGUAGUAGUAAGUGUAGUAGUAUAAACGUAGUACGAGAGAGAACGCUCGAGGUCGUGUACACACACUAACAAAGGGGUCACGGUGCCCCACUGCCACCCCGCGCUAUCCAAUAUCCCGUCCACCUCUCACGGCCGUCGCGUUCCGUGUGAUUAAUGCCUCUUAUAACCGCGUGUUAUAUAUUGUAUUCGUAAUACAACGACCCUCUCGCUACUCUUCUCCGCUUUGCCACCGUCUACUGCGUUCUUUAGUCUGUUAUUUAUUUAUUAUUAUUAUUUUUUUCUUUUUGGCCAAUUGUCCGCAAAUCGCCUUUUUCGCUCGUUAUUUUUUUCCAUACUAGUUUUUCUCUCUCGACGUCAUAAUAUUAUUAUUAUUACUAUCGGCGUCAAAAUCGAAACGUCCGAUUACCGUAUAAUACGUUUAAUGCAUAAAAUUAAUACGUCAUCGUUGCACAGAAAAUCAAACGGUCCGCAGACCUCUAACUGCCCAGUCAUAGGCGUAAAUAGAAGGUAGACAGGAUGGUUUAAGCCUACCCAAUUUCGUCUGUAGCUACUCAGUUCUUUGAAACGAACAAUUAAUAUUUUAAGAACAUACCUCUGAGCUCUGCAACUACCAGUGAGCGUUCAUUUUCUUCCAUGAGGCACAUAAACAAUUCGAUUAGGUCAACAGAAAGACAAGAACCUUCUUGGUUUUCUAAAAAAAUAUUAAAGUCCGGUUUAAUACUAAGUGUGUGUCCAGUAAAAAAUAAAUGAUAAAUGGUAAAUGAUUGUAUUAGUAUAAUAUUUUGUAACAAACCAUUAUAUUUUCUCGGAAAUAUUUGCUCUAGUGAAGGGAGGGGUAACUGGAAAAAAUUCAACAUUUAAUGGGAAGGUUUUUUUGCUCGUGAAUUUUUUUCUGAUAGAGGGGAAUAUUCAAUAAAAAUGUCCUGUUACCUUUCAGUUUUAUCGCAGGUUGUAUUAAAAUGUUUAUUUUUUUUUUGUCAAAUUUUAAAAAAAGGGUAAUAAUUUGGGGCAGUUUACAUACAGGCAACUUAACGACUCCCGGUACGAAGCCCUCCCUCCCUAACAACCGUACAAUACCAAUACGAUGCAAUUUUUCGCAAAAAUAACACCAACAACAACAACAAUCGGACCCGACAUUUAUUUAAAAACCUAUUAAAACGCCGCACCUAACGAGCCGUUAUAUGCUGUAUUUACUGCAGUUUAUUAUUAUUACGUACACCGUACAGGAUAAAAUAUUAUUAUAAGCUUUACGUAAAAAAAAAUAUAAAACACUUCGUAUAAUAUUAAUCGUAUAUGUAACUAAACCUUGUGCACUUACCCGAUCGUCACCAUGUGUACCGACGACUAAAAAAUAAUUGUAACUAAACACUUAUUCGGUAUUCGUGAUCGUUAUUUAAUUAAUUAAUAGUUAGGUCACAAAUGACACGAAUUCAUUAUAAGUAAAAUUAAAAUAAAAAAAUUUUCCGAGUUUCACAUAUCUAUCGAUUGGAAAGCAGAUACGCACAGAUGACAUUUCAGGACACGCUAGGGUUUAGCAAAUUAGUUUUAGCACCUAGUAGUUUUCAGAAAAACUAAAGCUUUAACUAAAUUUUUUAUAUAAUCGAACGUUUAGAUUUGUGUUUACAUUACAUAUUUACAUUAUGUUUCUCUGUUAUCAAAAAAAAAAAAAAAAAAAAAACAGUAAAAUCGAACAAUUGAAUAGCUCCAUAUAAAAUAUCAACCUACUACUUACCAGGUCUAAACAAACCAAACGGGGUCCACGGUAGUCGUUAUUUUCUUGUCAGCAAUGAUCAAAGUAGGAAUCGAAGGGAAUCAUAUUUAUCAAAUAUUGAAAAGCGUUCUUGACAGCUAAUUAAACCCACCAAACUUUCAGGAAACUCAUCAUGGAGACAAGGCUUUCAAAAAUGUUUUUCCCACAGACAUAUUUGUUCAUAAAAAUGUUAUAUUAAUCCCUUUAAUAUAGAGAUUAAAAAUAAACUACAUUCCUCCCCUAACAGAAUUUGAUCAUGUAAUAAAUAGGAAGGAAUUAUUUUAAAACAUAACUCAUUUGAAUUUUUAAAAUUAUAUUAAAAAUAUCUCAGGAACAAUAACUAAAGUAUUCCUCUAGACUUCGGAGACAUAAAUUAAAGAGUAAAAAUUUACUAUAAAUGAGAUUAAGAAGAACGCCGAUCCUCUCGUUUCAUAUUUAAAUUUUUAGUAGAUUUUUUUAGUAGAAAUUUAUAUUAUUAGUGGGUUCGUGUUUCAAUAUCUCAUUGUUUAUGUUAUACGAAUAAAUAAAUAAAUAAAUAGCAGUGGGUUGUACUGUAUAAUAAAAAUAGUCAACAAAGAAUGCGUCAGUUAUUAUGUGACCGGAGUCAAUAAGCGUUAAGCACAGAUAACUUGUAACCAACUAACCGAUUAUCAGAUACCACCAAAAUAACAACAAAUGAUCUAGUGAAUUGCCAUACUAUAUUGCUGAGCAGAAAAUUUAAUGAAUCAGCGAUUAGUAUUUUAAAAAAUCAAUUUUACAAACAACUGGAUCGUUUUAAUAAAAAUAAUCUGGACAAAUUUUAAUAUCAUAUAAUGGCCAAACCAACCGAUUACACGACUUUUGUGAAUAAUUAAUAAAUAUGAAUUAAUUGAAUAAUUGUGUAAUAAUCCAAAUUGGUCAUUGGUGUAGGCCCUAUAAGAAUUGUUAGAUUUUGACCAAUUCAGAUGAAUUCAGAUAAGUAAUCCUGAUUUAGUACCCAGUAUAGUCUCUGUCCCAUCGUACCACUAAAAGACGUUUAAUAAUUAAUUUGUUUUUUACCUAUCCUAAAAUAAAAUGUAUACGACUGAUUAAUUUUCAAAAAAUAGCAAUAUUUAAUAUUUAUAAUGUUAAAGAGUCAUUCUAAAUUAGUAAAUUAUUUCUAAUAAAUAAAUAUUUAUUCAAUUAGUUAUUGUUUAAAUUUAUGUAAACUCUUGAAUAUUACUAAUCAAGUUUUAUAUAACUUUCCAAAUUACAAACAAUAAUUGGAUAAUACUAUUUUUCUCUGAUUUAAAGUACUUCAACAUGUAUAGUUGAUGACAUUUUCGAACAGUAAGUAAUAUAAUGUUUGUAUCUUUUGAUGUUUUAGAGUGAAAAACUGGGCACUAAAAUUCGGCGUGGACCUGUGGGAGUUUGGCAGACAAAUCACUAACAUGAACGAAAUACAGAAAGUGAGUAUUUUAAACCGGUAACGACGAAUUUUCCUAGAUUAUACAAUACACUGUAACAUCUACACAAACUUAGGUAGUAAACCUUUGGUUAUGUUUUUUAUUUUAUUUUACAUUGAAUUCUUUAACGAGAAAUUCUCGUUAUGUUAUUAUCGUAUAUGGCAUACUGUAUAAUAUUAUAUACUUAUACUUUAAAUACUCUUUUGUUUAUUUGAGUUAUAGGAGUUCAAAAACUUUUAUUAGUUUCAAAUAUUUAAGGUCAAAAAUCAUUACAAUUAAAAAGCGUAUUCAUAACUUCUAUAUUUUAAUUUUCAAUAACAAAAUCCUGAUAUUUAUAUUUACUAAUAUGAAAAUGUGAGUUUUUCUUAAUAUAACUCUAAAUUAUUUUUAAUUUUUCUAGCAGUACACAUUAUAAGUUUAAAAAAAGGUUAGAUUAGAUUAGCUUAUAUAUAUAUUUAUACAAAAUAAUACGCCAUGUUUGUAUUUUAUGAUUUAGAAAUAUCGAGAACGAGAGUCGAAAGUCCGAAGAAAAGAUGGACUUUUACUUAUACGUGAUUUGGCAGCUGAAGUCAAAAACAUGAUGGAUAUCAAAAUGAAUUCGGUCUUAGUAAGUACAAUUUUUUUUGUUUUGUUUUUUUCACAUAUUUUCAUUUGGUCAUAUCUAUUUAAUCAUAUUUAUACCUAUGGGGGCCCUAGAAUUUUUAACAAAUUUACUCUAUCCAUUAAUACAAUUACGAUAUUCAAGCUUUACACUUCAAUUUACCUCUUAUCUUUAUCCAGCUGUAGCAUUAAAUAUGUAGAUAUAAAACGAAUCCAUUCUAAUAAUCUACAUGCGAAAGUGUGUAUAUUUGUCCGUCUUUCAUAGCAACUUAUAGACGUGAUUUUUUGCCUAGGAUUAAACCAAACUGAAAAGUGGCAUAGCGUACUUAGUAAAAACCAUGUCAUUCUCGAGAGAUUCGUACCUCAUCCAUAAUUUAAAAAAAUGUAUAAUUACUUGGGAUUUUAACUUAGAGUUAUCUUAAAAUAGUGCUCAAUGAAGACUACCAAACUCUAUCCCAAUUCUACCCUUCAGGGCCACCAUUUACUGAAAAAAUGUCCCUAAAAAUUAACCAACUAUUUUUAAAUGAUUCUUUAUGAUUCUAUACGACGUAUAUGUGAAGCCAAAAGAACCAACUCAUCCCCGAUUUUCAAAAAUGUGUAAUUUAAGAUUCUAUCUUAUCUAAUAAUUUAGAGCAACCAUUCUAGCACUUUUAUAAAAAAGCAUAAUGAGAACUGUUAACCUGUGUCUUUAAAACAAUAAUUAAUUUCAAAAAUUCAACCCUUUAAAAACUAAAAAAGGGGUUUUUUAAAAUUAAUUGUGGAAAAAUAACUGUAUAUUAAUUAUGAUUAAUUAGACCGACGAAGUGACAUACGUUAAUAAUGGAUGAUUUUAGUUGUUUUAUACAAAUUACAUGCAUUAACCUGAAGAAUGUCUUAUAAAUAGAUUAAUUUAAGGGAAUGUAGAAUAAGUUUAAUUUCGAAGGAAACUUAUUUUGUAUUUAUAAGUUAGUUUAAAAUAUCAAUUAUUAUUUCAAUCUGUUGGGAAUAUAUUUACAUGUUACCUAUUUAUUUUUCAUAUACCCCAUGUAGAGGAGGCAUUACACAAGUAGUAGACGAUAUUAAGUAGUAUGUUUACAAAAUCAACGGUAACAGCUUAUGAAAUACAUAUUAUUUUAGUGUGUAUGUUUAUUUUGGUAUAAUUCCACUUAGUCCUAUCCCUCCCAUGCAUUUGGUGAACAUUAUAUACUCCGUGUAAAAGUCAGUCACUGCACGAUUUAAUCAAAACCAAUUUGUUAAAAGAUAUUUACGUACCCACCUAUAAUAUAAAUUAUGUAGAAAUUAUAUAAUAAAACAAAUUAUUUGUCGUUUGCACUGUCAUGCGGACAUAACAUAUAAACACUCACAAACGUCAUUGUAAGUCCACAAUGUCUGCACUUAAAUUCCCAACGGUAUUUCUACGUAUACCACUUCAGUAACUGUCAUUGAAAUCACAUGACCUUCUCCGCCCUCCCACUGUUAUCGGUGGUUUGUUGUGAAUAAUCGUAUUGUGCUUAUUGUAACGACGACGAUGACGUUAAUAUUAUUCAAACGUGACUUAUAUAUACGGCCGAGAUUCCGGGUCGAUUAAAACACGAUUCAAUAUGACGUCCAUAUUAUAUUAUUAUCAAUAAACGUUAAUUAUAACUUGGUACGGAAAGGGUGGCAGGGUCUAAUUAUAGAUAGAUAUAUAACUUCAAUGGGUGUGUUGGCAGAGGGUCGUAACAAUAAGCUUUCUAAUUCCCUCUCUCUCUCUCUUUCUAUCAUUAACUCUUCUGCUCGCGUUUGUACAUUGUCGGAUAACCAAUUGCUUUGUCGAAUUGUUUUGGCACCAAGGGAAACAGCAAAAGAGAAAAAUAAAGUUAGCGAGAGAUAGAGAAAGAGCGAAUGAGGUAGAGAGAAUGAUAAACGUAGAGGAGACACACACACAUACACACACACAUACACACACGCGCACGCACACACACAUGCACACACGAAUAUAACAGCACAGACACAGUGCACGACUCGUCGAGGAAUUUAAUUAACAGGAUUCACGGCUGAAAAGGAGAACCACACCAUUUUAACACCCCUAAUGACUAAGUCCCUCCACACUGCAGCAUGUCCGUGCCAUCUGACGGAUGAUAUUAUAAAGCACUUCGUACAGACCUGAAAUCUCUCGUUUCUUUGCCAUUUAAUUUGCAUAAGUCGUUACCACUGCCUCGCCAUUAUGAUUUGUACGCUAUAUACUAUAUAUACUCGUUUUAUUAACUUAAUAUCCUGUCAAAACAGUCUUCUUCUUCUUCUUAUUUUAAUAAUAAUAAUAAUAAUUGCAAUUAAAAUGGUGUCAUCACCUAAGUGAUUAUCGCAUCGUUUGUGAAAUUUUAUCCGCCCAUUUUCAACAAACCCAGACGAGUGUAGAUUUAACGAAGUCAUAACGUUGUUUUGGUAAUUUAUAUAUUAUGUACUAUAUAAUGCAUAUGAUUUGUGUUAUAAUGCUUGUGGUAAUGAACAUUUCAAAAUAACUUUAAAGUACAAUAAUUAUUUUAUAUUACUCUCUUUUAUAACUAUUGUAUUAUAAUUGUAUCCCAGUCAUACAAGGCGCCUAUGAUGAGUCAUAAUAGUCUGCAAUAUUUAAAAUAACUAUUUUUAAAUCCAAAUUCUGCAAAUUUGUAUGAAAAAAAUAUUUUUGCAUACGAAUUUUUAAUAAUACCGAACGUUUUAAACAAUGGUUUAUUUUAUAGUUAUUAUCAAGACAACUAUAAUUACGUAUAAAAAUUUUGCACUGAUUUUUAUAAACUAAUAUGUACAUUUUAUUAAAUUAGUAAAAGUUAUAAAGAUAAACUAACAAUAAUAUAUUGAAAGUCAAUCGCACUUAUUUGAUAAAAUUUUUAUAAUCUGUUAAAUUUACUUAACUAAACUAACACACUCUUGACGUGAAUUUACAAAAUGGGAGCACUAUGUCAAAGUUACAUUUUUAUCGCAAUUAUUAAAAAUAAUAACAUGACUGAAACUUUUUUGUAAGAUAGUUUUUUAGAAAAAAGCUGCGUACAGUUCUCAAAAUGUUUAUUUUCUUUAUAUUUUGUUAUAUUUAAUGUUUAAACUCCAAUUCCAAUCUAAGCUCCAUAAUUCAUAUUCUAUAAGGUAAAAGGCCUUGCAAACAAAUGGAUCUAGCCUUUAUGCUUAAGAUUAUUCAACUCAUGUUCGUAAUUUACAAAGAAAAGCUAUUACCCAUAUUAAAAUUAAAAUGUGAUUCAAUUUAAUCAAAUAUGAGUAUGCACAGUACAUUUAUCGGUUUUAAAAUCACAACCCCUCCCACUUCUUUGACAAUAAAUUACUUGUACUCAUAUAUUUUUCAUGAAUUUUAAGAGUUGAAUCAAUUUUUCUAAAGUCCACAAUCAGCUUAAAAAUUAAAGAAAUUUAUCUCACAGUUAUUUAAUAACUUGAAAAAGGUAUAAUUUGGUUAAUUUUUUACUAAUAAAGUUGAUUCAAUUACUAGAAUUCAUUUAAAAAAUACGAAAAAAUACCCCGCGAUAAAAAUUUGAGAUUUUCGUUAAAAUAUUGAAGUUACGCAGUUCAUGCAUAAAGCUGAGCAUUUAUGAAAAAUUCUGAAAGAAUAAAAUAUGUAUUGCAACGUAAUAAGUAUAACGGAGAUCUAAACAAACAAAUGAUUCAAAUUGAAUAACUCAGCGCCAAAAUAUUGAACAUUUUCAAUCACCAUUUCCACAGACCACAGUGUACCAGGUGAUCCAUUUAAGUGGGUACACUCGUUAUCUCGAAAUGUAUUAACUUUAUUCGGAAUUAGUUUUCUAGAAUAUUUGAGAAACAGGCAGCUUUACAAUUUUAUAUUUAUGUUAUUUUAUGUCACUCAUAUUUUUAGAGAUACCUUUUAAUUUAAGUUUUGAUUUUAAAAUUGCACCCUAUACUGAAAAGUCCAUAAAUAGAUGAAAUAUCAGUUAAAAUACAUUUUAGUGUUGAAAUUUUUUAUUUCUGUCAAUCCAUUAAUGAGAUAUUCCACUCAUAAGUUUGGGUUAGAGGAGAGAAAGGAGUAUCAUUGGUGUACGGCGGUACGGCGCUCGGCAUGUUAAUAAUGCGCCACUACUCUCCUAACCUAACCUAACCACCACACCAAAAAAGUCAACGGAUUGUCAGAAAUCAAAAAUUUCAACACUAAAAUGUAUAUUAACUAAUACUUUGUAUAUUUAUGGACUUUUCAAUAUAGGUUGUCAUUUGAAAAUCAAAAGCAGUUAGUGGUGUUCUCACUAAAAAUAAUGGUGACAAAAAAUAACAUAAAUAUAAAAUUGUAGAGCUGCCUGUUUCUUAAAUAUUCUAGAAAACAAAUUUCGAAUAGAGUUAAUACUUUCUGAGAUAAUGAGUGUACCCACUUAAAUGGAUCACCCGAUGUAUUAAAAUUAUCAAUUUAAACAAACAGUUUUUCUUGAAAUUAAAAUAGAUAUUAAAUAAUUGUUUGUGAUUUAGGAUUAAUACAUUUUAAACCUACAACUUGUUUAUUUGAUUGAGAACCUCAAUUUUAGGAUCAAAACUACUGAAACGAAAUAUCUUUAAUUUAUUAUAUUUCACAAAUGGAAUCUCGUUUGAAUAUUAAAUUUUAAUUCGGCAAAUAAUUGUCAGAAUGUAUAUGAUGUUUUUCAAAACGUAAAAAAAACGCAUUACUGUCGUAAACGGAAAACUGAUCUGUGCCUUCAAAAUAUUCACAAAAAAAAAAAAAAAAAAAAAAUUAAAAUUAAAAUAACUGGAUAAAAACUGUCAGCAUCUUCCUGUAAACGAUGACAAUGGUUAAUGUAAAUAUUUUAAUUUAAUUUAAGUCUUCUCGAAAAUUCAUCAGUCGGCAGCUAUGAUAGUUAUACCGUUUUAAAUGUACAAAGGGUUAUUUUAAAAUAAAUUCUUAACAUUUCCAAAUACAUUCUAUAUUUUGUCAGUUUCGGAGUAAUAUAAAUAAAAUUAAAAUAAAAGAAAUUAUUAUCGUGAUAAAAAAGAAAAUGUGAUAUGUUCAAUAAAAAUAUUUAUGAACCCAGAUUAUAGAAAGCCGGACAUAUAUACUUCGUAUCAUAGUGGGUUGUCAUUGUUUUUGGUAAAAAACUGAUAAGGUAUUGUAUAAAAUAAAUUAUUACAAACAAAUAACGAUUCUGAACAGAGUUCGGUUAAACAUUAUCUGGUAAAUUUAAUUUAAAAUGUUAUUUAUAGGUAAUUAAACAAUUAAAUACUAUAAUUGUUCGUAUUUUAAACAAAUUUUAUCAUAAAUUUGAACUUCGAAAUUAAAUCCUUAUAAUAAAAACCCCAACGAAAAUCUAGUAAUAAAUUUUUUACCAUUUUAGGCAGAAAUUAUUUUGAACUUUAUUUCUAUUUAUGCAUCUUAAAUUCAAAAAUGUCCGUAAUAAUUUGAAAUAAAGAAAUAAACUUAUGACAAAUAUUCGAGCAAUUUUACUAAGCCAAAAAAAUUGUUUACAUUAACCAAAUCAAAGUUAGAAAGAUAUCUAAAGUUUCAAAUAACUAUAAAAAGAGUGUAACGUCUCGCGUCGUCUUGACAAAAAAAAAUAUUAAGAUAGUAAUACUUUAAACAAGAACUGGCAGCCGUAAAGACGGAGUUCGCCACGAGCGUUAUGCGACCCGGGCGUUCGCCACGGACCGACCUGCAACCGAGACAGGAUCUGCCGGAGUUACAGGAUUUAAUUAAGUACUAACAAGUUAAAUGUAGUGAAACAUAUUAUAGAACAUCCUGAAAAGGAAACAUAGGUGAAAUAAUAUGGGGAUUAAGAGAUUGAAAAGAACACCAAGUNAAGACGGAGUUCGCCACGAGCGUUAUGCGACCCGGGCGAUUGCCACGGACCGACCUGCAACCGAGACAGGAUCUGCCGGAGUUACAGGAUUUAAUUAAGUACUAAACAAUCUAAAUGUAGUGAAACAUAUUAUAUAACAUCCUGAAAAGGAAACAUAGGUGAAAUAAUAUGGGGAUUUAUAGAUUGAAAAAAAAAACACCAAGUUUUUGUGGGGAAAAUAAAUGAGAUUUAUUAGUUUAUUAAUCAAGAAAUUUAUGUUAAUCGUGAAGAAAAGCCAUCCGGCAUAAAAACUUCACAUAGAGAGAGAAAAAAAAAUAUAUAUAUAUAUAUGUGGACGUACAAUUUAAGUCGUCCGUUUCAACAUAGUAUCAGAAUACCGUAAACACUACAAUUAAUGUUAUAACAUAACUUCAUAAAAUAACUCCAUACACCAAAAUAUAAUAUAUACAACAACGGGAAUAGGAUUGGGAACGUGUUAUAGUGCUUAUAAAUGUAUGUUCAUAAGCAUCGCGGAAAUGAACAUCACGACGUUAAAUAUGAUUAGCUAUUUAUGCAAUUCAGCUUAUGCGCGAAUUAAACAUAUAGAUUUAUAUAUAUAUAUAUAUGUUUAUUAAUGGAGAGAUUUCGGUACUAGCGUGAGAACGGACUGGUGUGGAAACUCACCAUUCAAUAAUUUCAACAGGGAGACUCGUACAGGAUCGCGCGUUGCCACUGUGCGGAAUUACUAUCGCACGGGGACGUCGAUGGUCGACAGUUUUCAUAUUUGUGUCCGUGAUGUUGGCCUAAAAGACAACCUGUCGAGGGGGGGAAAGUUAACAACCAGUACCUCGGAUAUAAUACCUAACCUAACCUAUUCUCANAAACAAAGUAUCUAACGAAAACAAAUUCAUGGUGGAAACGCGAAAUAUAGGUACAAAUAAAAAUAAAUAAAUCAAAAAAAAUAUAAAAACAAUAGGGUAGUAUCGGCCAAUAUUAAUAUAUAUAAAUAAAAAAAAAAACAAAAGGGCAUAUGCAUACCUGACCGGCGGUCGGGGACGACCGUGCCGGGGACUUGCGUGGACUUUAGCCUCUCAUUUUUCGAGAUCGAAACCGGAGCAAAAAAAAAAUCGUACCGGUGAACGGUUUUGGAGCAACAACAUCGAUCCGAUGGCCGUUAUGCGGUCCGUCGAUCGCCAAAUCGAACAGUUGACAUUUGAUUGGCCGAUACCCCCCUUUACAAAUUCAUAACUUAUUCGUUUAUACAUCGACAACCGUUCGCAGAGUGACGGUCGNGUGGUGGUGUGUUUGGAGAACCCGCGCGACAACGUACGCGGACCUUUGCCUUAUAUGAUAACAUGACCUACUGCACAGACGAUUUUAAUGAUUAGCGCGGCAAUUUUUAUGUAUUCAAUUUUGCAUGUUACAAACUUAUCAACACUGGCCCCUCCUGACUACCCGACAUACUGGACUUUUUUGUUUACAAAUUGCCUAGUAACAUUCACUCCACUAUAAAUAACAUUUACGGCCUAUCCUCCGAUUACACACCAACCCUACUUGAAAUUCGGUUAAGCCCAAGUAUACCAAAAAACGCUUACUCCUGGUCGAAUGGAAUUGUCAAUCUUUAAAAAAGCUUUAAAUGAUAACAUAAAACUAACCAUUUCCUUAAAAACAACAGACGAAGUAAAUGACGCGUUGGAUUUUCUAACGUCAUCAAUACAGUCCGCUGCUUUGUGCGCCUCCAUUACGAAAAAUAACAAAUCCUCGCAUAAUAAAACACGGCAUCACAUCCAAAUCUUACUAUCAUAGAAACGCAAGACUAGAGCCAAGUGGCAAAAAUUAAAAUUCCCCAUUGACAAGAUUAAACUUAAUCAAUUAAGUAACCAACCUGAAAAG